AUGGCAACAGAAACCCCUCUGCCUGAUGAAUUCGACGUCGUCGCCGUAUACCACCGCUUGCUGGCCAACGACCACGACCUAACCAUGCCCGUAGCAGCCAUCGAAGCCCUCGUCGAAGCCAUGGCGACAAGUUCCACCCAAACCGUGUCCGAGACCAUGCGCAACCUCGAAAAGCAUACCAACACCCUCAAAUCCUCCGUCGCGAACCCCAUCUCGCUCUCCGCCGGCACUGACCUCUUCCAGCGCUACCUCGUCACCACGCUCAACAGGCCCUCUGCGGGCGUCGCCUCCCCCUCCGGCGCCGGCGACUUCGACGCCAUUCGCAACCACCUGCUGUCCAACGGUCGCCUGUUCGCCGAGCGCGCAAAGGCUAGUCGGAACAAGAUUGCAAGCUUUGGCCGGAACUUGGUCCGCGAUGGGGCUACGGUGCUCACAAACGGCGGCUCACGCGUCGUGGCUGCCCUGCUUCGCUCGGUUGCCGAAACGGGAAGUGUGCGUUUCAAGGUCGUCUACGUGCUGGACUCGGACGCGGACUCACAAGAGGGGGAGUGGUCCGGUACCGCCAUUGUGGCUAUGUUGCGCGCGCGGGGCAUACCCGUGGCGACGAUCCCCGAUUCCGCCGUGGCCUAUUCGCUGGGAAAGAUUGAUAUCGUGAUUGUGGGGGCGGAGGGCGUGGUGGAGAACGGAGGCAUCAUCUCGAGGCUUGGCACGUAUCAGAUCGGGCUGCUCGCAAAGGCUAAGCAGAAGCCGUUCUACGUUGUUGCGGAAAGCCACAAGUUCGUCAAGCUCUUCCCGCUAAAUCAGUAUGAUUUGCCGAUCAAACAGCGCAUCCUCGAUUUUAAGGUGGGAAAAGAGGGGGAGCUGGUGUCAACUGAAAAUGAGAGCCAGGGUGGUUAUACGGUUGAGGAUGAGGGCGUGGAUUUUUCGGACUCGGGGGUUUCAGAGGGCAAGACCAGGAGAAAGUGCUCCGGCAGCUCUGAGGAUCCGGUUGAUUAUACGCCUCCAAACCUCAUAUCAGGCAUUCUCACCGAAUCUGGAGUGCUCACUCCCAGUGCUGUUAGUGAAGAGCUCAUCAAAAUCUGGUUUUGA